CAAACACACUCACCACGUGUCUGGCUGUCUGUGUACGCUAAAAGAAGAGACGAUCUACCAUUCAAACCAUUUGACAUUCUCACCUGAAAAUUUGUAUCAUGGAUGCAGCAGAGUUUCGGCGCAGAGGAAAGGAGAUGGUGGACUAUAUGGCAGACUACCUGGAGAACAUAGAACAGCGACCUGUCUACCCGGAUUUGGAACCAGGGUAUCUUCGUUCCUUGAUCCCCACCGAGGCCCCAUUGGAGCCUGAGAAUUAUGAGGACAUUAUAAAAGAUGUGGAGAGGGUCAUAAUGCCAGGGGUCACCCACUGGCAAAGCCCACACUUCUUUGCCUACUUUCCAGCUACCUCCUCUUACCCUGGCAUGUUGGCUGACAUGCUGUCUGGAGCCAUUGGCUGCAUUGGAUUCUCCUGGGCUGCCAGCCCAGCCUGCACAGAGCUGGAGACAGUGAUGUUAGAUUGGCUUGGGAAGAUGCUGCAACUGCCUGGGAGUUUUAUAGCCGGGACUCACGGUCACGGAGGAGGUGUCAUCCAAGGCACAGCCAGUGAGGCGACCCUGAUGUCCUUGCUCGCUGCUCGUUGUAAAGCAGUCCGAUGGGUUCAGGCCUCCUGCCCUGAAAAAUCAGAGGCUGAAAUCCUCUCCAAACUGGUGGCGUACACCUCUGAGCAGGCUCAUUCCUCUGUGGAGCGUGCGGCUCUGAUUGGAGCAGUGAUGAUCAAGAAGGUACCUACGGACAACACCUAUGCUGUCAGAGGGGACGACCUUAAGAAGAUGUUGGAGGAGGACAAAGCAGCUGGACUCAUCCCUUUCUAUUUCUGUGCGACUCUCGGCACCACUCCAUCGUGUGCUUUUGAUCACAUCACCGAGCUGGGGCCCAUAUGUAAUAAGGAAAAUAUGUGGAUGCAUAUUGAUGCAGCAUAUGCUGGGAGUGCAUUUAUCUGUCCUGAAUUUAGGCCUUUGUUGAAUGGCGUUGAGUUUGCUGACUCGUUCAACUUCAACCCACACAAAUGGCUUUUAGUCAACUUUGACUGCUCUGCAAUGUGGGUGAAGAAGAGAGCAGACAUUAUUGGAGCCUUCAAGAUGGAACCGCUCUACCUGAAACAUGAAAAUCAGGAGUCAGGCCUGGUCACAGAUUAUAGGCAUUGGCAGAUUCCGCUGGGAAGGAGAUUUCGCUCACUAAAGAUGUGGUUUGUCUUUCGUAUCUACGGGCUCACAGGUCUGCAGGCUCAUAUACGCAAGCAAGUGGCCCUGGCCAAAGAGUUUGAAAGUCUAGUAAGAGCAGACAAGAGGUUUGAGAUCUGUGCUGAGGUCAUCAUGGGACUGGUCUGCUUCAGGCUGAAGGGCUCCAAUGAGUUGAACCAGAACUUGCUGAAAAAGAUCACGAAGAGCAGAGAGAUUCACCUGGUGCCUUGCCAGCUCUCCGGCCGCUUUGUCUUGCGCUUCGCCAUCUGCGCACGAACUACGGAGUCGCGUCACAUCCAACAAGCAUGGCGGCACAUCACACAGCUGACCUUUGAGCUUCUGCAGGAGCCCAAUCAUUGACCAAAAGGCAGGGGAGGGUCUGUCCACGCUGAUGCCUAAAUGAGGACCAAAGUUAGGACAAAAAAAAAAAAAAAAAAUUCAUGUUGUAGAUGUAAAAUGUCACAAAGGGAAUGAACAAUGAUUUCACAGCUCACUUAGCGGUCAAGUGUGUUUGUGUCAGCAACCAAGUUGUCCAGUCUUGUAAGCAGUGGUCAUUAUUUUGCUGAUUUUUUUUUUGAUUUUGCAAACUUAGUAACCAUCUACAAAGACCCAAAUGUGUGCAAUAGGAAAGGAUAUGGGUUCCAAUAUUUAAUUUUCUGUCUGCAGCUUCUGCCUCCAUUGAUCCACUGAUUUAUCUCUCACUGUUUAUAUGUUGUUGUCUUGAAUAUAAUGCACUCGUACUCCUGCUGACUUGUCUUUGCUGUCUGUGCCACUUCUGUGUCUUCUGUGUGUGAAAUUUGGUUUGAGGUGAAGUCAAGAUUUGGUAGGGUUGAACUGGGGUGAAGGUUUUAAGUUGCAAUGAAUGUAUUGCACAUUUCGUGUGUGUGAAAGAAUUUUUGAGUGUCUGCAGUUUUCUGUGGGUGCUCAUUCAGAAAUUGAUUAAACUGUAUCACUUAAUAUACACAUAAAAAAUCCAUUUUUUAUGUGUAUAUUAAGUGAUACAGUUUAAUGGAGGAAUUAGUAAUGAAUGGGUUGUAAAAAGGGUUGGUCAAGAUUAAUUUAUGACAUUAAUAGUUUGAUUUUAUUAGAAGGGAUUCACAGAGUGUGUGUGGUUGAAAAUGUCUAACAUUGCUUCUAGUUAUCAGGUUAAACCCCUUAUAUAAGUGCAUUAUUUAUUUAUGACCUGAUUAGCAAAAGCAGUUGUGUUUAAUAUAUAAUAGCAGGUAAGCACCUGACAUUUUUUUUUUUUUUUACAAAAUU